AUGAUCCCAGUUGGGAUGGAAAGCGUCUUUAGAAUCAUUCAGACCGAUGGCACUCAGUUGGACAUGCUUCUCCAGCCUGGCAUGGUUUCCAGUGACAUUGAGCGAACUUGGCAUAAGGAUCUAACGGUCAAUGGAGUUAUCAAAGUUGAUGAUCAGGGCUGUCCUGUCAUGGUCAACGGUGCUGUCGAUCGUUUUGCUCAGUGCUCAUACGAUGCCCAGAACCUGCAUUGGUCAGGUGAAGCCGUGCUCAACUCUUGUUCGCCAACACUCAUGCAGGACCUUAAGCAAGUAAUCCCAAAGCUCGCUAAUCGAACUGGUCCUCAUGUUCUAUUUACCAUUCUGAAGAAGAUUUACCGCCCAUCCAGCUCCAAGAUCAAGAGUGUUGUCAACAAAGCUGGAGGCACUCAAGCUGACAGAUUACCCUGGGGAAAAUGUCUCUCACUUUGUCCAUGA